CAAGAAUAUGGAUAUCAGAGAUCCAAAUAGAUCGGUUUAUAAACCUACUUCGCAUACUGCUAUCUCUGAGCUACCUCACAACACACUGGGUUUGGAUGUUUCGCAAAUCUAUAUGAGCCACCAACAAGAAUAAAUAUAAAAAUAUAUUUUCAGCCCAUUGUCAAUCCACUGCUGGAUGAAGGCCUUCCUACGCUGCACUGUUAGUGUGGGAAUUGUUUGAACACCACACUGGUUUGGGUUGGUGAAGGAGGGCCAAGAACCAUUUGGGAUAUCACUCGCCACCCGACGUUAUCGCAUCUCCGAUAAGCACCAUUGGCUACGUACGGUGCGAAAGAAGUUCAACAUACAGCCAUGGCUGGGAAUCGCCUGGUUCGUAGGGCAAUGCUUGAAGCACUGCACCACCGCUCACCCCUACAUGUGAAUAAUUUAAUUAUCAAUGUUUCAUUACAAGGGAAGACUUUGUCUAAGUCCUUUAUUUAAUGUUUCAUUUCUUGUUUGUGUCCAAAGUUAGAAAACUUUACAGUGGUAUUCAUAGUUCCACAUUUCAGGAUUGUGUUCCCAGCCAUGUGCCGUCAUGAUUUGUUGUUGACGGCGAUGAGCCGCUAACCUUUCCUCAGAGGCGCAGAGGCUGUAUACGCCAGCUCAUUUAAGCGUAAUGGAUGAUGCCUUUUCCCCGAGCUGUGCAAUGCUCGUACAAUGCGCUCACUAUUGCCGGGGAAUGUGGAGGCAUGCGCACCGGCUGGCCUGUCAAGACACCGAAACAAAUACCGCCAUCGGCAAACUGUGAUCGUACCCCGUGUGAGGUAUGUUUAUACUCGGCCGAUCUGCCAGCCCUCAGAUCUUCUUUGCUCUUAGUCCAAAGCGAAUAGCUCCGAAGAACAGAUGCACGCUCAAGCGUGCAAAGCGAUGGUUAAUUUUUAGAUUAACGCAAAUACACUCAUCCGUGGACUCGAUUACCGGCUUGGUGGGUCAGUGUCGGGGCAUUCCUGCGAGCGGGAGGAGAAUGGGGAAGCCACGAUCGUGCGUGGGGCGCGCGCGACCCCCGUGUGGGAAGCCGGAGGUCGCUGUGCCGGCGAUGGCGCUGCUGGCGCUGGGUCUGUGUGCAGCAGCCGGGGCGGCGGACUGCCCGUCCGCGUGCCAGUGCUCACCGCGCGCCAACCGGCCGGGCCUGCAGGUCGAGUGCAAGACGCAGGGGCUCACCGCGGUGCCGGCGGCGCUGCCACGAGCCACCGCAGUGCUCAACAUGGGCCAGAACAAGAUCGGGCGCCUGGGCGCGGGGACGCUGAGAAAGAUCCCGAACCUCCGCAGCCUCAACCUGGAGCACAACCGGCUGAGAGAGCUGCACCCGGACGCCUUCGCCGGGACCGCAAAACUCGUGACCCUCAACUUCUACGACAACCAGCUCGGGGAGCUGCCCGCCGGCGUCUUCCGGAACCUCGUCUCGUUGCGCUACCUCCUCAUCGGCAAGAAUCAGAUCCUCUCGCUGCAGCCCGAUGCCCUCCGUGGCCUGGGCAACCUCACCGACCUGGACAUGCCGCUGAACAACGUGUCACGCCUGCCGGCGCUGCUCUUCCGGCACGCGCCGCGCCUGCGCGUGCUGGACCUGGCGUACAACCGCGUCGCGCGCGCCUCCCCGCUCGCGCUGCGUGGCCUGCGCCGGCUGGAGCUGCUCAACCUGGGCGGGAACCGACUGAGCGCAGUGCCGCCCGGCCUCUUCGCGGGCUUGCGCCGGCUCGACAUGCUGGUGCUCGACAACAACCGGCUCGCGGGCGUGGGCGGGGAGGCGCUGCGUGGCCUGGCCGUUCUCACGCAGCUCUACCUCAGUAACAACCGCCUGCGCCACGUGGCGCCGGCCGCGUUCCGCCACACGCCGCGACUCACACAGCUGGCGCUGAGCGGGAACUGCCUCGCCACGCUGGACGCCGGCGCGCUGGCGCGACUGUCCGGGCUGCAGCAAGUCUUCCUGCACGACAACCCGUGGCGCUGCGACUGCUCCGCGAAACCGCUGCUGGGCUGGCUGCUGAACUCGCGCGUGCGCCUCUUCCCCAACUCGUCGCUCGUGUGCGCCGCACCCCCCGGCGUUCGGGGCCGGAGCCUCCACGCGCUGUCACCGUCGGCGCUGGGAUGCGAGCGCAACCGCUCGGCUCCGCGUACCCGUCUGCCCGCGCGACGCGGCUAAAAUCCGCCGAGCAGCACGGCUCCGGGUCACCGUAGCAGAGGACCGUCUGAUACGUAGUGGAGUUUUAUAGCGCAGGGCUGGGGAAGCUUUCACACCCUGCGCCGGCCGAAUAGGACUUUCAAAUACCUUUGGCGGGCCACGCAUCGGCACACAAGGUAGCGUUAUCCAAUAAUAAUUUUAACGGGAACACGCGUGUUGCCCGAGUGUUGGGAGGCCCUUGCAGUGGCAGAAGAAACGAUACACGCAGCGUUGUUGCCAGGUCAUAAAUAUUCCCCUCAAGUGCCCGAUUAGUGCUACUAGGCUGCGUGUAGUGAUGGAUAAAUAUCGUUUUGCAGACUGUUUUGAAGUGGUAAGCCUCAUGUGUCCACAGUAACAUUAAAUUAUUUCGCGAGCCACCCCUUAGCAUAUAUAUGCGACACAACAUCAAGAUAUAGUACGGAAACAAUGGGCACAUUUAUUUUGUAGAGUCAGUCAUAGGAAAAAUAAUGGCACCACCAUCUGUCAAAUAAAAUGCAACACUUCUCGAGGUGGCCGGGUGUUUCAGAUCAGCACUGAGCCAGCACCGCUGAUUCCUGAGUUUGAAAUGGGUGUCAGCCGUCUGUGAUUAAACCAGAUUGUCAAAUGUAGUGAGUUGAUGGUGUCAGGAUUGUUAGCAAUGACUGUACCCAGAUCCAUUAUAUCAAAAUUUGGUUUUUCACUUGUUUGGUAAAAUCCAGCUCCCAGAAUAAAACAUCUGAGUGUGGCUGCCACAUAACGAGAAUCUGUUAAGCAGGGCGUGUGAUAGCGUGCAGUGCCUCUCGUACAGAGAGGGGCCAUUUGAAGGCCCCUCUCUGUACUCAGAACUAGUUCUGUGAUAUCCCUUUUUGUGGACCGUUCUCGAACACGGGCUGAUGCUCUGCUCUGAGAGGGUUCAAAUUAACAUUUCUUCAAUUCCGGAUUUGACACAGAUAGCGAACGUGUAAUUAAAUUGGCUUUUUAAAAAAAUAAACACUUCAAGAAGAUGGACAUGAUUAUUAAUGCUAACUAUAUUUAUCGUUUAUUUACAUUUACUAAAAUAAAUAUUUUUGAAAAUCACAUCUGUAACUGUAUUCACCAGAAUUUUAUAUAUUUGAAAUACUCUGUAUUCAAAAGAAGGCUUUUUAUUAUUAUUAUUCUUCUGCUUGUUUACCCGGGAAGGGCUAAGUGAGUCUCAAUGCUCUCUUUCAGGACGGUUGUGCCAAGUUUUUUAGGGGAGGGAAAUGUUGCUGUUUAAUCUCAAUUGAGUAAUUUGCAGGUAUUUUUAGCAUUGGGAUGUUUGGUCAAUAUCGGCUCCAUUGUACAGAUUUUUAGUUAUGGGAGGAAAUCGGAGAACACAGAGGAAACCGAUGCAGAACAGGGGGAGAUCAUUAAAACUCCACAUUGAAAGAUGCCUAAGUCAGGAAUAGAACCCAGGCCCUUCUUGCUGCGUGGCACGAGCAUUACCACUGCACUACCCUGCCACCCAAAGACCGAACCCAAAGAGCAAAGAGUGUCUUCUUGUGGAUAAACACGUCGGUGGCGCGUUCCAGACCGUCUGGGCACUCUGAAACGUGGCUAAUGAUGAAACACAUUCAAGUGACUGUGGAAGUGCCCGCCAGGCUCGCCGUGGCUGACUCGCAUCAUCGGUGAUACAAAGGCACGGCAGUGAUAUCACUCGAGUGCGGUACGGUGCUCCAGAGAGCCACUUGAAAGUGUUUUCUUUUUAAAUCCUUUAUAUUAAGUUCACUCGCUUGCUUGCUUGCGCGCUUACGCCCGUGCAAAUCUUUCAGGUCGUUUUUUAACCCACUUCCCGUGAUCCAAUCGAGCUGACAUUUUGCACACAGACUCGUUGUGCGUGACAAUUUAUUUUCGUGAAAGUUUUUUUCCAUAACUUUACACUUUUUAGGAAUUUUUUUUAAAUAUUUAAUUACCAAUUGCUUAAUGGUGGCAGGCAAUCAUCUGACCCAUAGGUGGCAGCUAUCUCAAGCCAGAGGACGAGAGGACUCUAGCUGCCACGCAUAUAAAGGAUUUAUGUGAUAAACUUUGUGUUUACGUGUUAAUUUUUUUCAUUAAUGAAGCGUCAAGGCUGUGUGGGACGGCCUGCCUAGGUGUGCGCCUGCGAGGGCCGUAGCCCUUCACCUCUGGCCACAGCACAAAUUGCCUCGAUUCUCGUGGGCAUGUCCUGCCGAUGAUUGUGGCCACCGUGGAUCCAGCCGAUCGGUGUAACCCGUAAGACCCUUUGCACGUGCGGAUGUUCAAUCGGAAGUACAUCUUUCUGUAAGAGUUUAACACUUCGCC